UAGAAAGAAAGUCAACAUAAGCAAGUACAAAGAAGGACAUCAAUCAUAAAAAAACAAGAACCCCAACCCAAAUCAAACAGACAUACUAUGUCGGAAUCCGGAAAUCUCGGUGUAGUAGUAGUAGCAGUAGACGGAAGCGAAGAGAGCAUGAACGCUCUCCGCUGGGCGUUAGAAAAUCUCAAGCUCCGAUCACCUGCACCCGAUUCCACCGACGCUGGUUCUUUCAUCAUCCUCCACGUUCAAUCUCCGCCGUCAAUCGCCACCGGUCUUAAUCCCGGUUCCAUCCCUUUCGGUGGACCCAGUGAUCUUGAAGUUCCUGCGUUUGCUGCUGCAAUUGAAGCUCAUCAGAAACGUAUUACUGAUUCUAUUUUUGAUCAUGCUUUGGGAAUUUGCUCCACCUUCAACGUAAAGACUAAGGUCAGGACUCAUGUUGUUGUUGGUGAUCCAAAGGAGAAGAUUUGUGAAACUGUACAGGAUUUGCAUGCUGAUGUGCUUGUGAUGGGGUCUCGGGCUUUUGGCCCUAUUAAGAGAAUGUUCCUGGGAAGUGUUAGCAACUACUGUGCCCACCAUUCUGAGUGUCCAGUCACCAUCAUCAAAGGAAAGGGCGGUGUUAAUAAGGGAAACUAAUACACUUCUACUAUGAUAUAUCGACUUUUAUUGAGUGAGUUGCCACAUUUCAGGUGCUGAUUCUGCACUUGUCCAACUGAUCAUGUCAAAAGCUUUUUCAUGCUUUGGAUUUGCACGUUUUUUGCUGGUCCUGUGCCGUAGCUAAGCUUUGAAGUUUGUAUUGCCAUUGCUGGUCAUAUCCUGCUACAAGUACGAGUUUUCGCUGUUUGUGGACAAUAAUGGUGUUGUGCGUGUGAAAUUAUUGGAGUUAAGAGUUGAUUUUCACCUGUGCUAUUAUAUAUUUGGUAGUUGUUGCAGUGAUUCAAAGAGAUACAUGACUCCUGAAAUUUUUUAUUGUUUUUUAAAGUUGUACAAUGUUGUAAACAAAUGUUGGAUUACUUUAGCUCUGUGUUAGAAAAUCUAUUUUCUGAGCAUUAUUAUUGUUUCAUUUAUGUAUAGAACAAUGGUUGAAUUUAUUUUACAAAUGUCUUUGAGGGAUUUAAA